AUGAAUUUUUAUCCAGUCCCGCCAAUAAUCAAUGCGCAAGUUCUGACACGAAUACCGGAUGAUUUGCGCUGCCAGGACGAAAGCGAUUGGCGUGGAGGUUUUGCCGGAGCUUUCCAGAACAUCUUCCUCGAAGGGCCAACAUGUGACGAAGAGGGCCAUCUCUAUGUCACCGAUAUCCCAUACGGUCGCAUACUCAGGAUAGACAAGCUUAGCAAGCAGGCUACAGUCUGCGUGCAGUACGAUGGAGAGCCCAACGGUAUGGCUCGGCGACAGGAUGGCAAGUUCAUCGUUGCAGACUACAAGAAGGGUGUGAAUGACGUGAUCGUCGAUAGCAAGGGCAAUGUUUACUUCACCGACCAAGGACAAACUGGAAUGACUGAUCAGUCUGGCAGAGUAUAUCGUCUUGGCAACGAUGGCAGGCUUGAUAAGUUAGUGGACAACGGUAUCUCUCCGAACGGCCUUGCUUUGUCGCUUGACGAGCGAUUUCUCUACGUGGCCAUGACCAGAUCGAAUGAGGUGUGGAGGCUACCAUUACAUAGCGACGGCUCGACGUCCAAGGCAGGAGUCUUUUUCAGAUCAUUUGGUAAUGCUGGGCCCGAUGGAGUCGUCUUGGAUGAAGAAGGCAACGUGCUCAUCUGUCACCCAAGCCUUGGCUCGGUUUUUGUGGUGGACAAGCAUGGCGUUCCCAAAGCUAGGAUUGUCAGCGGUUCAGCUGGCAUCAACUUGACCAAC